AUGGUGUUCUGUAAAAUAAAAAGUCUCGAGAGAAUUAGCCUAUCGGAUCCGGCCCUUGCUACCAAAGCAUUGGACCGGGUUCGAAUCCGGCUCUGCUCAGCCCAAGAAAUACAAACGAGUUCCAAUCUCAAAAGUGUACUCCCUACCGUAGUCGCUCAUGACCUUAAAGAAUAUAUAAAUGCGACUUUCGACUCUUGUAGAGGAGUACUGUUCCCAGCGACCGGUGGAUCGGCGUUUGAUAUGGCUUGUGGAGAUUAUGGACUGAGUCGAUGUACGCCAAAAAGGUGGUAUACAUUCAUGGGUGAAAUGUCUAAAUUAUUCGGCGGCUUUCAAAUAACUUAUGUCUAUGAACCAGAUCAAGAGAAAAAUUUAACCGAGCCAUUGAAUUCGCCGACCAAGUCAUGCAGUGAAGCUUACGAAAAUUCGACUGCAUGCGGGUGCGUCGACUGUGUUUGCAAAAAUAUUAUCGAGUGGAAGAAAGAAGACUCGGUUUUUACCAUUCUUGAGCUUAAUGGCUACGGAAUAGUCGUCGGAAUAUUGAUAAUUAUUAUCAGUACGAUCUUCACUUUGAAUCAGAUAUUUUUUAAAAAAUUUUGGGCCAGUAUUUCGGUGGAAGUGAUUAAUUCUUUUAUUUAUUCUGAGCAGAUAAUUUUAGGAUGA